UGCGCCAGUGUGGUCCACAGGUAUUAUUAUCUGCUGAGCCCCGGGGCGGGCAAACAGCGACGCAGAGAAACUCGUGUCCCUCACUUCUCACGCAACAGAGCGGAUGCACGGCUUAUCUGCCUUUUAAGAAAUGUAAGCCUUAAACGAUAUCCACGACCUUCACGAAACUCAUCGGCUGAGACUGCCAGUGCCAUGCUCAAGCCCGAGAUCGCGCGAGUGAUAUUUUGCUCGAUGCAAGCAACCCUAAAGGCAUCAUAACGUCAAUCUUAAUUCACUGAUCGAACCCUAACCCUAGAAGGAGGAAAGCUAAGCGAAUUGAAGGAUAUUACAGGCAUCAUAUUGCACGAAUCAUAUCCGCGAACAAUCAAGAUUAUCUCGAAUUACAAGAAAGGGCAGCGCGAGCUCAUGAAUUGUGUGGGCUCACAGUAGAAAGAUCACUGGUGCGGGCUGCGGGCUUGACUUACGGAGCCAGAUUUACGGGCGAGCGAGGGCAGGCAUUGCCGGAUUUGAAUGGGAAUCUGCUGAGUUCAUGGUUCUAGGAGGAGGAUUGAGGGUGGGAGGGAGAAGCAUGGUUGGGCCGGGAGGGUUGAUACACCGCCUGGCUGUGACGAGGCCUCUUGUCACGCCAUCAACCGCAGCAGCAGUAGCAGCGGCAGCGACGAGAGCAGGAUCAUCGAGAGUGCAGGAGUCAAUUGCAGGGGGAUUGCGCAGGAGUGCCAUCGCCGGGCACACGACGUUCUUCGGAGGAGAGGCUGGAUUGCGCGCGUCGUCCAUGGUGGGCAUCGCGCUGCCGGACGAGGCCGGGGCGUCGGCGGGCGGAGUGCGGAUGAUGGGCGGGGGGCCGCGGACGUUUCCGGGGGGAGUGAGCAAGUGGCAGUGGAAGAGGAUGCAGGAGAAGAAGGAGCGGCAGAUCGAGAAGGCGCGGCUGCUGCGCGAGCGGCAGGCCUUCGAGGAGCGCAAGCGGCAGGAGGUGCAGGCCUCGACGGCGCCUAGGGUUGAGAAGCCGUGGGAGGCGUCGCCGCCCCGCAACCCUCUGGCGCCACCGGCCGCUGCGCUCGAUCCGCGCGUCACCGCGCUGGCGGACCGGUUCCGCAAGCACGGCGCCGAGGAUCUGUGGACCGAGGACGACGGGCCCGAGCAGGCCAACGGCGCGCCCGGUCGAAUUUCCGCCCGCUUCCUGCCCGUUGCGUCCGCCUCCGCGCCGCAGCACCGCGCCCGCCCGCGCCCCGUCUCGAGGGCCGCCGUGCAUGGGUCGACGAGCUCCGACGCCUGGGACGACGCAUUUCGCAACGCCGGCACUUCUGUCCGAGACGCGGAGAUUUCGCCUCCUGCGGUGAGAAUGCGAUCGGGGUCGAGGCGAAGCAUCGAGGAUCGCCCUCAGGGCCAGCGCGCUGGUGCGCCCGGGUCUGGAUUGGUAGGCAAGUUGGAUAAUUUGUCCCUCGACAGGAAGUUUUCUUCUUCGGCCGCACCUGUGGUAGAUUCGGUAGAGAGUGGUCAGGGUGUGAACAUGAACAGGCGAGAUAGGAAUUCGUCGCACGGUGGUAGGAAACCCGCUCAACGGAGUAUGGGUGGUGGUGGUGGUGGUCCAGGGAAGCGGUUUGCCGAAGCUCAGCAAACUGGCUGGACUGGCAACAAUGUGAGCAACGAGGUGGAGCAGCAGCGCAAGAAAGUUCGACCCACCCCGACGAAGGAGGCUCGGGAAGGCGAGCCUACCCCGUCGCAUUUGUCUGAGACACGGUUCGACCAGUUUCAGAUUAGUCCUCUCUCCAUAAGGGCCUUACAUGAAGUCAUGGGAUACGAGAAGAUGACCAAGGUUCAGGAAGCGACGUUUCCCGUAAUUCUUGAAGGAAGGGAUGUCUUAGCAAAGGCGAAGACGGGGACCGGUAAGACAAUUGCAUUCUUGCUGCCAUCGAUAGAAGCUAUAAUCAAGGCCAACGCUGACAGGAAGCUAACCGGCAGGUGUCCAAUCAACGUUCUAAUCAUUUGCCCAACAAGGGAGCUUGCGAGCCAAGCAGCAACUGAAGCCAAAACUUUGUUCAGUUACCACAAAAAGAUGGACGCACAAAUUGUGAUUGGAGGCACCAAUAUGAAUACCGAAGCUAACAACCUUCAGAAAAAUCCUUGUCAGGUUUUGGUAGCUACGCCAGGGCGACUUCUAGACCACAUGCAGACCUCUAAAGAAAUUCUACAGCAACUUGGUCACUUGAAAGUAUUAGUUCUCGAUGAAGCAGAUCGCUUACUUGAUAUGGGGUUCAAGAAAGACUUGGAUCGUAUCAUCAAGAUGCUCCCGGCAGCUCGCCAAACUCUUCUCUUCUCCGCUACUGUACCUCCUGAGGUUCAUCAAGUUUCUCAAGUUGCUCUAAAGAAGGAUCAUGCUUUUAUUGACACAGUGGGGAAAGAUGAUGAAGAGACGCAUGCUAAGGUUGAACAGUCUUACGUUAUCGUUCCCCUGGAAAAUCAACUGGAAUCUAUAUUUUCCCUUCUGGAAAAACACACUCAAGAAGAACCAGACUACAAGGUACUGGUAUUUUGCACUACUGCUAGAGUUACAGGACUGAUGGCAGAGAUCAGUACAAACUUUGGAUACAACACGUUGGAAAUACAUUCGCGCAAAAGCCAGGCUUUCAGGACUCGUGUAUCGGACACAUUUAGAAACUCUACAGGGGGUGUUAUCAUGUUUACUUCAGAUGUAUCUGCCCGUGGUGUAGAUUAUCCAGACGUGACUCUUGUCAUACAGCUGGGUUGUCCAUCCGGACGAGAAGAUUAUAUCCAUCGACUUGGGAGAACAGGACGUGCCGGUAAGGAGGGACAGGGUAUCCUUGUGCUUGCCCCAUGGGAGAAAGGCUUUUUACGUGCCUUGAAGGACAUAUCUAUUGAAGAGUGUACCGACCUUAAAGUGUCGAACAGCGUAAAAUCUAAGGUGGAGAAGGCGUUGUCAUACACAAGUAAUGAUGCUAAAGAGAAGGCAUAUGCUGCAUGGUUGGGUUACUAUAAUUCAGCGAAAAUGCUUGCUCUCAGCAAGACUGAGCUUGUACGCCUGGCCAACUUCUACAGCUCUACUCUGGGGCUGGACGAACCACCAUUGCUGAUGAAAAAGACAAUCGGUAUGAUGGGACUGAGAGGCGUCCCCGGUUUGAGGAGUUAGGCGCGUCCAGCACAGAGGAGGGAAUGUUCGCGCACACGUCCGUGUGUGGUCUGUUGUAAUUUACAUCAAUGCCAAUCGCCUGCAAUGUCUCGACAGCGACUAACAUAUUUUGUCCUUCCAUAAAUGAGAUCAUAGCUUCUUUUAAAGCAUGGGGAAGUAUUUCUCAGGAGACAGAAGUUCGUAGUCUGUAGUUGGAACCGACGGGCUACCACGAGGGGGUGAAGGUUAGUGUGGUAUACGGCGAGUAUUUUUCCACAUAGAUGCAUAGUCAGUCAGUCACCCCGCUAAUCCAAGAGCCGGAUGGUUGGUUUGGUCGUGUGAUCAUCUCAUGGCUGCGCUGUGAAGUUGCAACCGGACGGGUGUUGGCCUCAAGGUUGGUCAGAUGUAUGGCAUUGGCUUGUCUCUUUGCGAUAUCGGAAAACGAGCCGACCGGUGCACGGGCUGAAAGGGUACUGGGUACAGUACUUCAAUUCUAAACCAUAUCCAUUCUUUCGAUAUAGAUAAUUUAGAUAUCAAGCCAUGUUACAAGAAGAAGAGAGAUUCAAGUGUACAGCAUUGAAAUAUUUAUUCUGAGGAAGCAGUAGUCUUAGCAAUGUUCCCAAGGAUAUGAGUGGGAUUUUCCUCACAAUAAUCAAUAUGUAAUCUUGUGCAUCUUGCACUAUCAAAAUGUUCGU